AAUCUUUUUUGUAUAAUUAUUAAAAAAUAAAUAAAAAUAAAAACAAUUUUUAAAAAAUCAGCAAUUUUAGAAUAAGUGCUCUCAUACCGAUACACUGAACUUGUUAUAUCUAUGUGAGAAGCGGGACAGGUCUUAUUCGAGAGCGAUAAACCUGUUGUGUAAUCAACGCACCCCGCUCAUACAAGUCAAGAAAAAGAGGAGGGAUUAAGUUAUAUAAUUGGAAUGCUGUUUCCUCAUAUCUCCGUGACAGGCUGUCCUGGGCUCACUCCUAAUCACUCGGGGCAUAGGAUGCACUAGCAAUAGCAUUACAACAUGAGAACGCCAACAAAAAUCUUUUUAGGUAGUUUAUUUGUUGCCUACCUUGCUGUCAAGUGGACCGCGCCGAGUUUUAAUGCAGAAUCUCUCAGAGGCGCCAGGGUGCUGGUGACCGGGGCCAGCACAGGUAUUGGCGAACAAAUGGCGUAUCACUAUGCCAGCUUUGGAGCCCAGAUAGUAAUUACAGCCCGGAGAGAGAAAGUGUUACAGCAGGUGGUGGAGAAGUGCCUGAGCCUGGGAGCCCAGAGAGCUCUCUACAUAGCAGCAGACAUGGGCAACGAGUCAGACCCGGACAAAGUGAUAGAUUUUGCUCUGGAAAAGCUCGGAGGGCUGGAUUAUGUGGUUCUCAACCACAUUGGCCCGAGCCCCUUCAGCAUGUGGGAGGGAGAUGUGGAGCACACCAGGUGGCUGAUGAAGGUCAAUUUCUUCAGCUAUAUUCAGAUGGCCUGGAGAGCUAUGGCCUCGCUUGAACAAAAUAAAGGAUCACUGGUGAUUGUUUCAUCACUCUUAGGUAAAAUGUCCAGUCCCUUCGUGGCACCGUAUACCUCAACGAAAUUUGCCUUGAAUGGUUUCUUCGGGGCCCUCCAUCAUGAGCUGGCUAUGAAGAAGAGCAAUGUGUCCAUCUCGAUAUGUACACUAGGGCUCAUUGACACAGAAUCAGCCAUGGAGAAAGUCAGGGAUGUUACAAACGUACCAGCCUACCCUGCUACAGACGCAGCCUUGAACAUCAUCAUGACAGGAGCGACGAGACAGCGUGAUCUCUUCUACCCUUGGUUCACCCGCGGCAUUGCUCUCAGCGAAGACUGGUUCCCCUCUCUCACAGACUAUUUUAUCCAGAACUCCUACAACUACAGCCCAUGAAAAAACAAUCAGCUGUAGAACCAUUGUGCAUGCUGUAAAUAAUCAUGCAUUUAUACAAUCUGGGCAUGAUGAUGCUGUGGAUGUUAAUGUACUCCACUGUCCAAAUUUAGCCUUCAAAUUUUAGUGCCCCAACACAUUUUGCCUUAUAUUUAUCUUUCCAUUUUUUUUUCCUUAGUGGCAAAUGGACCAGGUUACUAUAAAUAACAAACUGAACCUUGUCCUCCUGUCCUCAUUUUGCUUUUGGGUGAGGUCCAGUUAAAAAAAAAAAAAAGUCCACAUGGGAGAAAAGCUUGUUUUUCCUCUUUUUUUUCCAGUUUGGCCUACCUUGAAAGCUUUAAGGUUCGUCAUUUUAUUUUGGUUUAUUGAUGGAAAAGGUUUGUGGUGCUUUAGUACUCAAGGAACACAUCAGUUUACUCAUUCUGACCAGUGCCACUAGGACCAGUGACCAUGCCGAGUCAAACCGAGCUGCUCCGGUGUACAGACAAGCCGCGGUGAUGUCUCACGACUGCAGCCAACCUGCUUCCAUCCCCAUCUCCUCUUAAAAUAUACCCUGAACUCAUGUCUGAGCAGGAAACCUGAGGGAAAGAUGUUUUUAAAAGUCUGUGUCUGUUUUAAAAGCUCUCAGUACUUUUGUAGCAUCUAAUUGAAUCAGUUCAGUUUCUCUCGUCCUGUCGGUACUUUCAGACACCUGCUGUGCUUUAGUGUUUCAUCGUGUUUACUUUCACCCGUUUCGGGAGCCAUGUUGGUGAAAACACAACGUUUCCUGUAAUGCUGCUUCAUAAUAAAAGCUUUUAAAUGACUAAAUAACGGGAGGUUUUAUUGUGAAGAAGUUACAGUAAAUUAAACAUAUUUGUAACUGAAUUAGCAGAGCAGUAAGUAGGACAAACCAACAAGCAGGUAGCCCAGUAGUGAUGGAAAUGUGCCAGGCAUACAUCAUGUUUGACGUAGUGUGAUGUCACAGAAUAAAGGGAAAGACGACUGCUGAGGUAUUUCAGGAGUAGUGUUUUGUGGGCGGCUGUGGCUCAGGGGUAGAGCCUGCGUCUUGUUAUCGGAAGGUCGCUGGUUUGAUCACCCUGGUCUGCAUGAAGUGUCUUUGGGCAAGAUACUGAACCCCAAACUGCUCCUGAUGUGCUGGUCGGCACCUUGCAUGGCAGCCACCGCCAUCAGUGUAUGAAUGUUUGUAUGAAUUGCUGUAAGUUGCUUUGGACAAAAUGCCCAAAAAAUUCUGUUUGUGAUGACAUUUAAGAUUUUUUACAUGCACAAGAAACAGUAUGACACUAAAGGAAAGGGAAAAAAAAUCAAAGCAUAUUAGGUCUCUAUAAAAGGGGGUUACCAGUAUCUGCACAGUACAGCUUUAGUGCCAUUAGGUGCAAAUAAAAUAUAAUAUAUCAUGCAGCAGUGGUGGUGUGCUGGUUAGAACAUCAACCUUUUGGACAUCACUGUUAUUCUGCGGUCAAAGUGAGAGACGCCUGGUGACAGAAGACAACAAAUAAAGGACCUUUGUUU